AAAGACGCGCUGUUUGAAUUGCCAAUGAACAAGUCAUUACAACACCACGUAAACUCGUUAUAAGACGUUCGGCCUAGCCAGUACAAAUUAAAAAUUAAAACCAAAUUAAACGUGUGUUUCAAAGCCAAUCUCCAAAAAAUUACAAUCAUAAAAUAGUAACCACUUACAGGCAUGUUGAGUCACAAAUUGCACAAAAACAGACUCAAACUUCAGUCUUUAACUGGAAUCAGCAACUAUUCCUCUCAUCAAUCCGAGCCAUAUGAUUACAAUUCUGGGAGCCUGCAUACCAACCAAACUCGACCCUUUCUGUCGAAGCGAUACAACUCGCUUUACCACUACACUCCCACUGAUUACAGGGACGACUAUGUCCACACAGACUUGGAGUACCCCUUAGAUGACAACCUAUAUGGUCACUCUCUGAGACACAAACUGCACUCAAAACUAAAUGGAUCACCAUUCAGCCACUUCACACCAUCGAGAGUAUCUAGGACAUGUUCAAUGCACUGUCAGCCAGCGUCAAUUCCAGCAGAUGAUAUCAUUCAGGAAAGCAGAGACGCUAGAUUCAAAGCAUUCGAAGUAAGAGAGCAGCUGAAAAUCAAACAAAUCAUCAAAACUCCGGAGAAUUCAACAAACACAGAACCAUCAGCACCCGAUUCAGAAGGCACAGCCCAGCCAGCAUCUGGGAAUGGAAUUUACUCGCCGCUUCCGCUUAAUUUGUAUCGUGGACUGCCAAAAGAUUGCACGCAUAAUUCUGCCAAGCAAGAGAUUGCUGACGCCAACAUCGGCCAGAGCGACAAGAGUGCUUUCACGAGAGUAGAAAGUAGAAAGGAGGCAAUGCAGAGACGAUACGAGCUAAUGAAACUGAUGGAAUCGAAUCAAGGAAUUUUACACUCAUUAAUGGAUAAACACUAAUAUCAAUGACAUUUAAAAAUUGAAUCUGCCGUUGGAUUAAUUUUAACUGCCACUGGCUACUGUGCCACUAAAAGCUAAGAUAGCUCUAAUACGUUUAAGUUGUAGAUUGAACUAACAUUUUCGCGCAUCUUCAGGUUGAAAAAUCCAAUUAGUAUAUACAAAACACACAAAUUUAAAACACAGAUAAUCUUUUUAUAA